AUGCGUUCGUUUUUCCUGACGGCGGCUGCGCUGCCGGCGGUUGUGCUUGGGUGCUCCAACCCGGAUACAGACGCGUGCGCCGGCGCUUUUGUCAGCUCCUCGGCGGCUGCCUCCAGUUUCUGCGCCACCUGGACUGCCGACACCAUCACCGCCACCACCGGUGUUCCUGCCGUCCUCGGAUCGGCAUGUGCCAAUAAGACCAAGAAGCUGUCGAGUGCGUGCACCUGCUACGUUACGGGCGGUGCUGCUGCCCCUACUUCGGCUGUUGUGUCUGUUGAGACUUCUUCGGUGGUCAAGGUCAGCACCAGCACCCCUGCCGCUGCUACCUCAGUCAAGGCCACUUCAGUCAAGGCCACUUCCGUCAAGGCCACCUCAGUCGCCGAAACCACCCUGGCCACCUCGGUCAAGCCUGCUACCACCACUGUGGCCGCCGAUGACCCCACUGGCGGUACCACGUGCACCGUGACUGCGUACGCCGACAUCGCGUCGGCCGUCGCAUCGUGCACCGACAUCCUGCUGUCGGGCAUCUCGGCCCCGGCAUCCAGCACCAUCGACCUACAGUCGCUGCAAACUGGCACCACUGUCACUUUCGCCGGCAAGACCACCUUCGGCACCACCGCGGACUCCGACUUCGACCCCAUGGUCAUCUCGGGCCACGAUAUCACUAUCACCGGCGCCGCCGGCCACACUAUCGACGGCAACGGUGCCGCUUACUGGGACGGCGAGGGCUCCAACGGUGGCUCCGACAAGCCCGACCACUUCAUCGUCGUCAAGAAGGUCUACAACGGUAUCAUCAGCAACCUCAACAUCCAGAACUGGCCCACUCACUGUUUCUACAUCAACGGCGUCCAGGGCCUGUCCGUCACCGGCCUCGUCCUUGACAACUCGGCUGGUGACGAGCCCAACUCGGCCAGUGGUAGCGAGGCUGCCGCCCACAACUCAGACGGUUUCGACAUCUCGAGCUCCGAUGAUGUGAUCCUAGACAACAUCAAGGUCUACAACCAAGAUGACUGUGUCGCCGUCACUUCCGGUACCGCCAUUUCCGUCUCUAACAUGUACUGCUCGGGUGGUCACGGCCUGUCCAUCGGCUCCAUCGGCGGCAAGAGCAACAACACCGUUUCCGGUGUCACCUUCUCGGACAGCACCGUCGUUAAUUCGCAGAACGGCUGCCGCAUCAAGUCCAACUCGGGCACCACCGGCACCAUCGAGAACAUCGUCUACAGUAACAUCACCAUGAGCGGCAUAACCAACUAUGGUAUCGACGUCCAGCAGGAUUAUCUCAACGGCGGUCCCACUGGCGAGCCCACCAACGGUGUCACUAUCAAGGGCAUUAGCUUUAACGAUAUUACCGGCACGGCCACCGACGAUGCCUACAACUACUACAUCCUCUGCGGUGAUGGCAGCUGCAGCGACUUCAGCUUCAGCGGCGUCAGCAUCACUGGUGGAGGUGAGACUAGCACUUGCAACUACCCCAGCACGGGCUGCCCUGCUUGA